AUGGGAAGGGGUGGACCCAGGGUCCUCCUCACCCUCAUAUAAGGGUUAGCAGCCAAGAGAGCAGCAUCUCUUCGGAGCUUCUGCUCUUCUUGAGAUGUUAGCAGUCUUUGGACAGGGUGAGCUACCUUCUGUGUUGCUUUUUAAACUAAAUCUUAAUGAGUGCCUUUCUAAGCAUGCUCCUGUUCUGGUAGAAGGCGUUAUCAUCGCCUUCCACUGCUCCGUAGGGAGUUAAUUCAUAAUAUUGGUUUAACUACUUUUAAGGUGACUCAUUUCUCAGAAGUGAGUGCUGGAAAAUUAUAUGUGUUUUCAGAGCAAAAAGCGUGAGUGGGAAUGUUAAACGCCAGCAUGCUCAGAAUAAAUGCAAUACUCAGUCUUCAGCCUCACUGUCAAGGGGACAGCUGCUUUUCAGUGAGAAUAAUUUUGUCUCAUAAAUAAAGAAAAAUAGGUCGCUGGUGUUUUUUUAUUUCUGCUUCUGUUGGUAGAAAUUAGUUAAAAUUUAGACAGCUCUGUUCAGCUUUUUGGUUUUGUCUGUACAGUAAUGGCUGAUAGAAGUCAUUGUAUAGAGGGCACAUGCAAACUUACGGUUUGGGUUGGUUUUGAUUUUCCUAUUGUCUCGUCUUUUGCAGGGAUUUAAUGGUUUAGGAAGAGUUUUCUGGCUCUUUCCAAAGACACGACUGAUAAGCUUGAUGGUCUGCUUUUAGGCAGGCUUUACAAAAUGUGUGUCCUAGUAUUUGUGUGGUUUUUGUUUUUUUUUCCUCCUUUGUUUGAAACACUUAAAGGUUUUGUUGAACACAAAAUUUGCUAAAUGCAGUGAAGUAAUCCAAUGUAGUUUUGGGAAAAUCUUCAAAAGCUGAGGUGUUCUCUUCAGGUGGUGAAGAUACAAGACGUAGAAAGAUGUUUUAGCUUAAGAGAAUAAUGAAACCUGAACUAUAUUUUUGGUGAAACUCACUGGAUUUUCCAUGGUGUUGUCUAGGAGAAUUGUAGUCAGGCUCUUGGGAGAUUAAUAUCUGAGAAGUGGUAUCGUAGUGUUUGUGUUUAUCAUGUUGUGCUAUUCCUCAGUUCUUUAAUACUUUGUCUGAGUCCUCUAACCACCCUUUCAAAGACCUAACAGGAUGAAGUUAGCGUGACUUCCUUCAGAUGUAGUUCAGGCAAACAGCUGGUGUUAAGACCAAGUGUACAAGGAAGAACGUUCAAAUGAGCACAGUAGCUACCUUGUGAGUGUUGAGGCUUUUCUGUUUCCCAAGUAAAUCAAUUGGAAAAUGAGGAAGUAGGCUGUAGCUGUUCCUCUAUUGCUGCAGCUUGGUGCAUUCCCUACCUGUGCUGUGUGAGCUUGCUUGUAGCUGCAGAGCAUGUGUUUUUUCCCAGUUGUGUUCUGAGGUGACUGAGGUCUGACUUCAGACUGUUAUUUGGACAACAUGUUUUGUAUCCAGGAAAGCAUGAUAGAUUUUUGGAAAUCUUGCUAUGCUCCAUGUUCUGAUACGUCUGCUCCCCUUCUGAUCAAGUACUCUGUUUCACUGCAUCUGAAACUGCUCCUUAAAACUGCUCUUCUGCACAGCAUCUGUGAAAACCAUCUUCUACACUCAGAUUACACUGCAAGACGAUGCCCUUCCACAGCUGGAUUAAUUCUGGAUUUCUAUAUAUGCAUUUUCCAUUCUUUUUAGUGAAUUCACAAGUUUAGAACGCUUGCAAGUGAAAACUUGUUUUUUGUGCACCUGAAAAAGAACAAAAGAACAAAACAUCUAUUUCAAUUGAAAUACUACUUACUUAUUCUCAUAUGUUAUGACUGUAUUUUGGGAGGUUAGAUCAAUUUUAGAUGUCCUGUAAGGCUUAACAAGUCCCUCUUAAGUCAGCUUAUGGUACUGUUUUGUGUCACAUCUGCAGACUCUCAGCUGAGUUCAGCUAUAUAAAUAAGCAUGAAAUGGCCACUGCUUUUGCUUAACCUGUCUAUUCUGCUCUCUUUCUGCAUUUACCUGUGUAAAAGAAAUCUUACCUACGCAAGUAUGCAGUGCUUGAAUUCUAGGUUACAAAUUUAAGUUGCAGAGUUGAAAAGGUUUUUUUAAUUGAGUUAUAUUCACAUCCACAUUUAGUGUUGUAGAGCCUUUCUAGAGUAAUGAGGAAAUUGCUGCCAUGGAGAGUUUAUGGUCCAGGGAAAAUUGUACUUGUUAGUGUGUGUUUGUGAGAGUAAAGGACUGAAGGAUUUGCAAGGAUGUAAUUUUCUUCCCUGUUUGUUGGGGUCUGACUUAAUUUUUCAUCCUCAAACAAAUUUUGCUUGAGGUGAGAUUAAGACUGUGUAUGACUGCGGGAAGGCUUAAAACUUUUAAGUAAUACAGUUGCUCCAGAAUGGGUUUGGGAAAGGAUUCUGUUGCAUAAGUGGAACCUGAGGUUUCCCUCUUGCCAGCGGCUCCUUUUGCUGCAGUGGAAUGUCACCCUGAUCCCUUCCCAUUGGCCAGGGAUGUUUGUCCAGAUGUUUGGCUCUUCCAUAAAAGAUGCAGAUCGCUGGACCCAGCGCGCAUUUGGGAAGUGCUGCAGCAAAGAAAAAUGACACAACGUGCUUAUUUGAUUAUCUUAUUUUUGUGUCUUGGAUUAAUGAAUCCAUUUGCAACUGGAAUGUUUAUGGACAAGCUUGCCAGCAAGAAGCUGUGUGCUGAUGAUGACUGUGUGUACACCAUUUCCCUUGUCAGAGCAGAAGAGGAUUAUAAUGCUCCAGACUGCAGAUUCAUUAAUAUUAAAAAAGGGCAGUUGAUUUAUGUUUACUCAAAACUAGUGAAAGAAAAAGAAUCUGGAGAAUUCUGGGCUGGAAGUGUUUAUGGAGAAGAGUAUGAAGACCACAUGGGGACAGUUGGUUAUUUCCCUCGCCAUUUAGUCUCAGUGCAACAUGUCUAUCAAGAAGCAAAUAAGACCAUUCCUACAACGGACAUUGAUUUCUUCUGUGAGUAGUGCUGAAGAUGGCUGGGGAAUCUCCAGGGUGCUAUCAAGAAAUGCUGACAAAGAAACAUGGAACCCUUCACUGAACACCAGCUUUUUUUUUAAUAGCUAAUUGUAAAAUAAGUUGUCUUUCAAGUGCAAAAGUUGAUUUAAAGGCAGUGAUUUGGGGUGGGGAAAACAGCCUUAUACAGAAUCUAUCCUUUAGAAAUUAUUUACCUGCAUAUACUUGUGAAUGCAGCUGUUAGCCUCUGCAUUAUUUUGAGUAGUAUAGAUUAUAUGUAGAAUUAGAUGUGCAAUCUUGACCUGCGUUUUCCUGCCUUAACCUUAUACUACAUAUUAAAUAAACAUUAAAAAAGCU